AUGGAUGAUUACAGUCAAAUCGGGCUGUCGCCAGAAGAGUACGCUUCGGAAAAGCUCGGCAUUCCGAACCUUUCCGAGCUCAAAGCUAAAAAGCAAGCCAAGGUGCUGAACAAAUUCAAGGAAGAUCAGCAAGACGUGAUCAUCAAGUUCCAAGAGGAUGAAGCUGCGAUUAAAAAAGCUCGCGACGAGUACGUCCGAUCUUCGUCUGCUCUCUACACAAUCACACCUUCCGUCGAAGAGGGGUUGAGUUUCGAAGAAGCUGUUGAAAAGGCUGGAAAACGAUUCGACAAGAAGCUCACGCAAACUGAACAGAUAGCGUUUUAUCAAAAAGCUGUUCUUUCGGAGCAGUCGAAAUCAACCGGCGAAGCAUCCGACAAUUCAGAAAAGAUCAAAGAGCUCGAGGCUACUAUUGUCUCAAAAGAAAAGAAAAUUUCCGAGCUGGAAAAGAAGCUCAAAAUGGCAACUUCCGAUAAAACACCAGCGAUGCUGGAGGAUCUGACCGAAAAAUUGAAGGAAACAGAGCGGCUUCUUGCGGAGAAAGACGAUGAAAUCAACUCUCUGAAAGAACGACUGAAGGAAACAUCAUUGGAUGAUUCCAAGACAUACACAGAGGCUCGUACUGAGUACAAAAAGCUCACUGACGAUGAAAAGUCUAAGUACAUCAUCCUGACUUCAAAAGACGCGAAACGAUACGCGCGAGAGUACGAAGAAUUCCUCCAAUCGCUUCCAGAGGAAGAUCGCAGCGCUUUUAUGGAGAAACGUCCCCGAAUCGAAUCGACGAAGCAGAAAGUAUCUAAAAUCUUCCCUGGAAUGCCAGAGAAGCCGCCAGGUUCUCUCCGCACUUUUAUUCAAAAAGAAGAGAUGGAAAAAGCGCUCAAGAAAACUAAGAAGCAAGCGGAAUUCGAAAGCGCGUCGAAUCAAGCUGAAAAGUUCGCGAUACAGUCAAAGGCAUUGACUGCUUACAUUGAAGGCUUGUCCGAGAAGGAGAAGCAGAAGAGAGAGAAGAAGCUCGAGAAACUCUCUGAAGCGUAUGAGCAAGAAAUGAAGAAAUGGUACGACGAGCUGGAGGAAGAGCACCAGGCGAUGUACGACCGAGCGAUCUGGAUAGAUAAUCGAGGAAAAGCACCGGCAUGGGUCGAAUCUCAACCAAAGGCACCAUCUCCCUCUUUCCGUGCUUACUGCUUGGAUUAUGUGAAGAAAAAGCUCGACGAGAAUCCUACGAAGGAAGAAAUCGAAGACGCCUAUAAACAAUUGAAAGAAAAAGAAUCCCGGUUCGAGAAACUCCGUGUCCGACACAAGGAAGAGUUGGAGAACUUCCCCGAAAGGCUGAACGAAUGGAUUGAGAGCUUGAACGAGUUCCAGAAGGAAGUCUACUACGAAAACCAAAGACUUUGUGAAGGUGGUAAAAUUUCGAAGGACGACCUUGAAUUCUGCCAGGAUAUCUUGAAAAAGAUAUCCGAUUCUCCUGAUGAUGCGCUUACAAUUUUGAGCGAGCAAACUGUCUACGAGAAGGUCAAAGGAUUUCACCUCGAAGAAGCCGGAAUCAAAUUUGUUGGAAAUCGACGAAAACUGAGCGAAAAACGGCUUCAGAAAGCAUGGAAGAAGGCUAACGAGGAAGGUGUUGAUGCGAAAUUUAUGAAGAGCAUUCUCGAGCGAGUUGUUGCAAGCAAAAAGCAAGAGAUUCAGAAAGAAGAGGCAAAGACUUCCACCAAAUCAUCAGGGAAGAAAGAGAGGUCGAAGAAAGGUCAACGAUCGGCAUUCCAGAAGAAGAUGGACAAGGAGUUUGGUGGGGAUGGUCAUCCUGCUAAGCCAAAAUCUAUCUAUGAAGUAUUCAAGGCUGAAUACUUGGAGACUGGCCUCGUCGAAAACCUCAAAGAAGAUUUCCAGGCUUUCAAAAAGGACAAGAAGAGAAGUGCUCAGGCGACUCUCGACUAUGAGCGACGAAAAGAUGACUACAAGCAGCAAGUUCUCGAGUGGAUUAACUCGAUCGGGCCAGAAGAGAAGAAGAAGUACCAAGAGGAGCACAUGAAGGACUUCACGAUCACAGAAGUUUGCUCAACAUCUUCGCAGUCUAUUGAAGACGCUGCGGAUCGCCUUGUCUACCUUGACCCAAAAACACCUGCUGCCUACGACCCGAGCUUCCUUCACGCUGCCGACGAUGACGAAGAUGAUGAAGAAUAA